GUUUACAGAGAGUUUAAUGAAGCUUCGCACUUUUAAUCAUAAAUUCAUUGAGGCUAGGACAAAUCGAGAGAGGAAUAAUACUACAAACUUGAAGAGAUAUACAAUGAAGCCAGUGAUGAACAGAAUGAAUAGUCACAAUGACUUAUCCGAAAAAAUUAAUAAUAGAGAUAACAUUUUUGGAUUCUUACAGAACAGAAAAUCUAUUAACGUCAAAAAGGAAAAUUUUAAAUUUAAUAAAGGAGAUAAAACUAUUAGUGAAAAGUCCGACUCUUCAAAUGCUUGAACUAGUAAUAUCACUGACUGUAGCCAAAAAUUGAAUUACAACCAAGAAGAGUACUUCCUCUCUUCAAAAGCUGACAUCCGGAUGUACUAUCGGCACUUGAAUAAAAAUCUGACCCAGCUUGAGAUUGACAGGAGAAAGAGGAAGAAAAUUGACCUUGAUAAGGAAACUAGGGAGAAGAAUGAUGAAAUUUCGAAAAAAGUUAUUCAAGAAUUUCAAUAUGAAGAGAAAGCAGGGAAGAUUGGUCUAGCUAAUCAGUGGAGAAGAGAGAAAUUGGGAAGAAGACAAGGGACUCAGAAGUUUGAGAAGGAGAGUAGUAGGUAUGAGAAAGGAAGGUCUGAGACAGCUGAGACUGAGAGAGGGAGAGAAUUAAUGAAUGUGUGAAAUAGUGUCAGGAGAAAAGGAGUUUUGGACAGGAAACAGAGCAGAAAGGACCAACAAAGUUGCUCUAGCUCCCCUAUGCAUGAGAAAAGGAUCUCUAAAAGAAUAAGAUUUGUUGAGCUUCUAUCCAGAAAUGAUACAAAAACUUCAAGCAAGAUAUUUCAUUCGUUUAAAAUCAAAAGGAUGAAUUAUCAAAAGAAGAUUUCAUUAAGAAGGUCAUCACGACAGUUAAGAGAGCAAGUAAAGUUUCAAAUGAAGGAAAAUGCACUGAAGAACAAAGAUAUGACAAAACAUAUCCCUCUUGAUUCCAAAAUAUCACGUGCAGCUUUAACCUUCCAAAGAUAUCACAAAGUGACAAAGUUCCACACACAGAGGUCACUUGUGGAUGUUUCAUAA